UCUUGAAAACUGUUCAUUUUAAUUUUAGGUUCUAUGUGCUUAAGUGACUUGCGUAUUUCUUGCUUCUGAAACAAUGACGGAAUUAUUGGAUAAAACACUUCAAUUUCGCUAUCGUCCACAUUAUUUAUCAGAUAAAGUUUUCUAGAGUACUCUUGUAAAUCGGGCAGUGCCCCUCGGGGUUUUUUAAUAAAGGGCCACUUAUUUUUAACUUUUUAGUAAAAAAAAUUUAUUCACAUCAGUAGUCCUUUGAAGAUUUUAAAAAUUUUAUAAUAGAAAAUGUUUUCAUGUUUAUCCUUGGAUUUUAUCGUAUUGUAGAAUUAUUUGUUUAAAUUUUCAGAAAAUGAAUAAUGCCGUUCAACUAAAUAUUCGGCGGAUUUUCCUUCGAAAAAAAUGGCGGGAUAAUUUGUUAAGCCGAGGUGUAGUGAAUGAUAGUUUCCAACUGAGAGAGGCGUGGCAGGAACGCCUUCAGGCCCCGGUCUUCUCAAAGAUAAAGAUGGGCGAGUAUUUUGUUGAGCUGGAUAAAAAGUUUGCGAACGAGUACAGAGGAUCAGCUGUAGACGUGGAUAUAUUUGCUAAUAAUGUGAAAACAGAUACGCAGGCCGAACAUAUGGAGGAAUUACUGCAUAAGCUACGCCGGACCCCGCACACUGUUCACACCUCUCCUUCAACACAGCAUGCGGCAGUGCGCAGUAUGCUCGACCACGGGGAAAUAUCUAAUCUUGUCAAGAUGCUAGAUGAUCGGAGGGGGGGGGGUCCAAAAAUCUUACUUGAAGCGGGUGAAUUGAGGGCAGCAGCUAGAUGUGCCAGUCAGCUCAUGCUUCAAGAAGAAAAUUAUACUUUACCUUCGGCCCUAGGUAAUUUAUCCUGUUGGAGAUAUUACUCGUCAGGACGCCAGGACCCAUGGUUCUACCCGGAGGAGAUUCAGGUCGAUGAGAACCCCGACGAGGUCAUCAGGGUCCGGGUAAAAGUUGUUCCAAACAAUUAUUUCGAUGAUCAUUUUGAUCUGCGCGAUCCUGAUCGUAUCCUGGGGAAAACUUUAAUUCAUUUCAACUCUGGUAGCUCCGAUACUGUUUCCAGAUCUUUGAAUAUUCUUGGCAACUUCCUGUUCGGGAACCAAAGUCGUGUUAUUGAACUCCUCGCUUCCGGAGAAGUUGCCCAAUCCGUCCUGGACGCCCUGGCUGAGAACGAAGAACUGAAGGACUCCGUGAGCUCCGCUAAAGCUGUGGAGCUGGAUCUAGAUGAAAGCUUGUUAAGUGUAUGCCGGGACCUGGAGAAUAAUGUGAGGACGGAUUUGACGGAGAAACAGAAGAAUCUAUAUAAACAGUGGAACCAGGAGAGAAAUGAAGAAUUACAAAGGCAGUAUGAAGUAUUACAACGAGCUGCUAGAGUUGAAGCGAUCUCACAAACCAAAGCAAAUCUUCUAAAAACUGAGGAAAAACUUUUCUUCUUUGAGAACCUGGACAGAUAUGAGAUUGAGAAGGAGGAUAAGGUCAAGGCCUGGGUUCGAACCCUACCGAAGACCAACUGGAAUAUGAAAAACUAUCCUCAGAGGGCUUAUUAUAAGAAGAGGGAGGUGGCUGAUGGUGAGAGGAAGAUUGCUAGAUGGGAGAAAAGAGAAUUAAAGAAAGGACCACCAAAAUAAUUCAUAGUUCUUUCUCAUUUCUUUAUUUGUUUACUUAAAUAUAGUUGAUAUAAUUACA